GACCUCUUCGUGGCCUCUUCGACGCCACUUUCAUACCACCUUAAGGCACCUCGAAUGACUCGAUUUUCCAGGCGCGAAAGCGAGCCUCGCCGUGACAUGAAGACUGAAAGUGGUACGAAAAGGCCGGCCGUGAGUCGGGAAAAGAAUGGGCCGGAAAGUUUGACGUUAUUGAAGCCUCCUUCCGGAGGGGCAGGAUCGCCACCAGCGAGUCCAAGUCCUCGCGCCCUGGAGGACAUCUUCCGGGAGCUCCCCCUAACGGAGGAAACCGCCUGCGGCAUUUGGUGCUUCAAGGGACCGAAUCUCCAGAGAUUCGCCAACAAAAAGGCUUAUGUCUUCCUCUAUGGGAUUCUCGGAUGUAUAUUCUCGGCUAGCUACGCCUACUUCAACGGCACCAUCACCACCAUCGAGAAGAGGUUUAAGAUACCCUCGAAAACGACUGGUAUUAUCUCAGUGGGCAAUGACAUCUCUCAGCUUUUCGUCUCGGUGGUAUUGUCUUACUACGCAGGACGAGGACACCGGCCUCGAUGGAUCGCUGUGGGAAUCUACACGGUCGUCCUGUUUUGCUGCCUGACGAUGUUGCCCCACUUCCUUUAUGGUCCUGGCGAAGAUGCGCUUUCCUUGACGGAGGAAUACGGGACGAGAUUCGCCGUGCCUGCGAACGACAGUCUCACCCCUGAUAAGCACCGGAAGUUCCUCUGCCGGGACGACAAGAACCGUGAUAAGGAGUGCGAAGAGGCCGAUGGGAAUUUGGCCCCUCAAGUUCUGCUCUUCAUCGCCCAACUGGUCUCAGGGAUUGGGGGAUCUCUUUACUACACUCUGGGAGUCUCCUACAUGGACGACAAUAUCCAGAAGUCGAAGACCCCUGCUCUUAUCAGCUUCUCCUACUUCUUGAGGAUGUUGGGUCCAGCCAUCGGCUAUGGCUUGGCUUCCUUUUCACUCAAGUUCUACAUCGGGCCAAGUUUGACCCCCACGAUAAAUACGCAGGACCCAAGAUGGCUGGGGGCCUGGUGGUUGGGAUGGAUCAUCCUGGCCAUCCUGCUGUUCAUCUUCGCCAGCGUGAUAGCACUCUUCCCGAAGACCCUGCCAAGGGCGGCAGCCCGGAAGGUCCUGGCCCUGGAAAGGAGCAAAUCCUUGUCGAGUUACAAGGAGGACCAGGAGCAGGAGUGCGAGCUCCCGGCGUCCUUCCAGGACAUGGUCAGGACGUUCAAGCGUCUGCUGACCAACACCACUCUGAUGUGCAACAACCUGGCAGCCGUGUUCUAUUUCCUUGGGUACAUGCCCUACUGGAUCUUCAUGCCGAAGUACAUAGAGACCCAGUACAGACAGUCGGCGUCGGUUUCCUCAUUGAUAACCGGGACCGUUGGACUCGUCUUCAGCGCAUUCGGGAUUCUACUUUCUGGCCUUAUCAUCUCCAAGUACAAACCUAAAGCUAGGUACCUUGCGGCAUGGAACGUCAUGGUUGGGGCCAUUUCCGUUGCCGGGAUGAUCUCUUAUGCCUUUUUGGGCUGUUCUGCCAACGACAGCCAUGUUGCUGUCCUACCUGGUGGAGGUCUUCAGACGCAGCAUGAAUGCAAUCGGCAUUGCCAUUGCGAUUACGUCACGUACAAUCCGGUGUGCUCGGAAAAUGGACGGACUUUCAUAUCCGCUUGUCAUGCAGGAUGCCGGAACAUGUCGAUAAUGGACAACGGUACCAAGGUGUACACCAACUGCAGCUGCGUGGACCCGAUUUCGUCUCACGUCUUAGCACUGACGAGCAACUUUUCGGGCACCAUGGGUGACGUACUUCCGGAAGGACUGGGACCGGAAGUGCUGCCAGAGGUGGGCCUAGGAUCGGGGAUUGCGACGCCUGGAGCUUGUCCCGUGGACUGCGUUCACAAGUUCUACGUGUUUCUGGCAGUAGUGUGUCUCCUCAAGUUUAGCGGUGCCACCGGAAGGGCCUCGAACUUCUUGGUUUCCGUCAGAUGCGUCGACGAGAAGGACAAGACCGUGGCCAUGGGUUUCGGACUGACCAUCAUGAGCCUUUUCGCCUUCAUCCCAUCGCCGAUCCUUUUUGGGAUGAUCCUGGAUAAAACGUGUCUUGUUUGGGGAAAAACCUGUACCGGAACCGGAAACUGUUGGCUUUACAACGGAGAGUCAUUAAGGUAUCUCCUCAACUUCACGGCAGCGAGUUUCGUCACUAUCGGGACUUUAUGUGACAUUGGCGUGUGGUAUUAUGUGAAAAACGUGAAGAUCUUCGACGAGGAGAUCGAACUGAAUGACAUAGCCGAAGAGCCUGGAGAGACUCUGUGAAACGGGAUCAGGUUGGCCGUCAUCAGAUUAUUGUUUACCUGAAGAUGAAAUAGGAGGAUGACCAAAGAAUCGUGGGCCCUGAGUCGUCCAUUUCCGGUCUGGUCGACCCUUGGAUCAACAUUUCGUUGAUUUUACCAGCACACGGCAGAGUGGCUGCCCAAAGAAUGGUCUUAAACGUGAAGGAAGAACGCAAGACUGCGUACAUGUUGCUGGAUAUGUCGUAUGAGUGUCGUACGACAUGUCGCUCGAUAUGUCAUAUAAAUGUGGUGCGAUAUGUCGUAUGAAUGUUCAUAUCGCGCGAUGAAUGUAGUACAUGUCGCAUGAUGUCAUAUACAUGUCAUACGAUAUGUCAUAAAUGUCGUGCGACAUGUUGAACGAUAUGUCAUAUGAUGUCAUGUACAUGUAAUACGAUAUGUCGUAUGAAUGUUGUACAUGUCGCACGAUAUGUCGUAUGAAUGUCGUAUAUGUCGCAUGAUGUCAUGUACAUGUAAUACGAUAUGUCAUAAAUGUCGUACAAGUUGCACGAUAUGUCGUAUGAAUGUCGUAUAUGUCGCAUGAUGUCAUGUUCAUGUAAUACGAUAUGUCAUAAAUGUCGUACGAAAUGUUUUACGAUAUGUCGCAUGAAUGUUGUACAUGUCGCACGAUAUGUCGUAUGAAUGUAGUACAUGUCGUACGAUAUGUCAUGUAAGUGUCGUAGGACAUGUGGCGAUAUGUUGUAUAAAUGCCGUACAUGUCGCAUGAUUGACAAAAAAAAUGUCGUACAUAUCGCACGAUAAGUCGUAUGAAUGUAGUACAUACCGCACGAUAUGUCGUACAUACCGCACGAUAUGUUGUAUGAAUGCUGUAAAUGUCGCACGAUAUGUCGUAUGAAUGUCGUACGACAUGAUGUACGAUGUGUCAUAUAAAUUUCGUACAUGUCGCACGAUUAUCAAAAAACUGUCGUACAUAUCGCACGAUUGUCAAAAAAAUGUCGUACAUAUCGCACGAUAUGUCGAACAUGCCGCAUGAUAUGUUGUAUGAAUGUUGUACAUGUUGCAUAUGUCAUAUAAAUGUCGUACAUGUCGCACGAUAUGCCGUAUGAAUGUCGUACAUGUCGCACGAUAUGUCGUAUGAAUGUCGUACAUGUCGUAUAAUGCCAUCCGAAUUUCGUGCGAAAAUUUCACGUGUUUCGUAAAAAUACAGUAACGUCUCAUACGAGUGUCAUGUGUACGUCGUACAAAUAUCGUACAUAAACGAAAUUUAGAUGCGGUUAGCAAUAUUAAGUACCAGAAGUGAAAUCCCACCUCCUUAUUUCGUGGAGACUACAUCGGGAUGAACACCACCGGAUGCUCGACAAGGAUAUCAUUGUUAGAAUUGUAUUAAAUAAAUAUUUUGGAACUUA